AUUUCGGCAUGGCGGUGUUUGCGGACUUGGACCUACGGGCGGGUUCCGACCUGAAGGCGCUGCGCGGGCUCGUGGAGAAUGCCGCUCACCUGGGCUAUUCAGUUGUUGCCAUCAAUCAUGUUGUUGAAUUUAAGGAAAAGAAACAGGAAAUUGAAAAACCAGUAGCUGUUUCUGAACUCUUUACAACUUUCCCAAUUGUACAGGGAAAGUCAAAACCAAUUAAGAUUUUAACUAGACUGACAAUUAUCGUUUCGGAUCCAUCUCACUGCAAUGUUUUGAGAGCAACUUCCUCAAGAGUCCGGCUGUAUGAUAUCGUUGCAGUUUUUCCAAAGACAGAAAAACUUUUCCAUGUUGCUUGUACACAUUUAGAUGUGGAUUUAGUCUGCAUAACUGUAGCAGAGAAGCUACCAUUUUACUUCAAAAGACCCCCUAUUAAUGUGGCAAUUGACCGAGGUGUGGGCUUUGAACUUGUCUAUAGCCCCGCUAUCAAAGACUCCACAAUGAGAAGGUACACAAUUUCCAACGCCCUCAAUUUGAUGCAGGUCUGCAAAGGAAAGAAUGUAAUUAUAUCUAGUGCUGCUGAAAGGCCUUUAGAAAUAAGAGGCCCAUACGAUGUGGCAAACUUAGGGUUGCUGUUUGGGCUGUCGGAAAGUGACGCCAAGGCCGCAGUGUCCACCAACUGCCGAGCGGUGCUUCUGCACGGAGAAACUAGAAAAACUGCUUUUGGAAUUAUUUCCACGGUGAAGAAACCUCGGACAUUAGAAGUAGAUGAUGAUUCUCUUCCAGCCUGCAAGAAAGCCAAGUGUGAGAGCUGAAACGAGUCCCCCUGUCUCUGUCAACACUCCCUUCUGCCUUUUGAGAAUCCAUCAGCCACAACAGAAACGGAACCUCCGUAUGAUUCACUAUUUUCACUUGAAGCUAGAUACCCGUAGUGUAUAAAAGCAGUCUUAUAUUUAACCCAUUAAAAUAACAAAACCUAGUAAAGCAUUAAAAAAAAAAAAAAAGGCUGCCCCCAUAAUGAAUUUAGAUAUUUUAAGAGAAAAGCAAAGACCAGUUCAUUUAUCCUUUCCGUUAAGUGAUAAAUGGAAGGUAUAAUUGAAUAAGAUGUUUCAAUAUUUCAAGAGACUCUUUAAAAAUGUUUCUUGCUCAUUUAAAAGUUCAUGCUUUUCAGCUUUACUUGAUAUACAUGGCUUAUUUUUUAAUUUUACUACUCAAAAAGUGGUUAUUUUGAGGACUCUUAAAACUUAUGUUAAGGGGUUGGCUUUUAGUUGAUCUACUCUUGCUUUAAGCCUCUCUUUCAUUAUGGUCAUCAAGUCCAAGUCCUUCCUAAAAGGAAUUGCUAUAAAAUUUGUGGAAGAAAAGGGAAAGUGCACGUAAAAUCACACUUGGCCUCUUCCUUUGCUGCUUCUUACCUCCGUGAUGUCCUUGAAAUAGGAUUCCUUUUAGUUGGAAGCCCCUGAAAACCUAAUAUUGAUUUUCCUAAUUGCUAUAGUAAAAAUCUCAAAGCACUGGACUCAAUCAACUUUGGAAAUAAUUUUUUUAAUAACAGGAUCAUUAUAUUAAGGAGAAGUAGCCUUUUUUGUAAAUAUCUGCAUUUAUACUAUAUUGAUAUUAAGAACAUCAUUUAAAUGAAGCUAAGAACACUGUUCUGAGAGUCAGAGAAAAGAUAAUUUUAAAAAGAGAAAGCUUUACACCAGACUCACUUAUGAAUUUAGAUCCUUAAAUAAGAUAUUGGUAAAACAGAGUAUACCAUAACCGGGUGAGAUUUAUUCUAGAAAUGUAAGGAUUUUUCAGUUCUUUUCAAUGUACUAUACUUUAUCAUAUUAAUAGGUCAAAUGAGAAAAAUCAGAAUCAUCUUAAUAGAUGCCAGUAAGACAUUUGAUAAAAUUUAAAGUCCAUUCCUGAUUUUAAAAAAAUAAACAAGAAUAAAAACCCUUGACAAAAUACAAAUAGAAGAAUAUUUCACACAUACAUGUAUAUGUUCAUUUCUCUUUAUAUAUUGUAUAUAUAUUAAGCAUCAUGGUUCUAAAAAUAAAGCAUUCUUUACUUCCUCUUAAGCAAUAUGAUGGAUUAGCCUACUACACUCCCUCCAUAAAACUCAUGGCCACUGCUCCUGAACCCUCACACCCAGAGUCUGCCACUUCCUUGAGAGUGCCAGCUUGCUUCUGCCUUCACCCCACUUGGAUUCACCAAAAGUUAGGUGUGUGUUUAUUCACGAGUCUGUUUAUGCCAUUGUAUUUAGCAUUGUAAAAUUAAUAUAAGUUAAUUUAAAAUUAUAAAAACUGAUGAACCAGGAGGGGAAAAAAAGGAAUUCCCUGGAAAAUUAAUGCUUUUGAAAAGUUUGAAAAAGAUGAGUCAUUAAAAAGAAUUGUCAAAAUAGGUGUGAGCAAGACAACUAGAUUUAGAGGAGAUCCAGUGGAAAUUCUGCACUUGGAUUGCUUUCCAGAGCCUUUAUAAGUUCUUUUUUCAUCUUCUUUUUUUUUUAAUUGAGGUAACAUUGUUUAUAACAUUGUUUUAAGUGUAUACAUUAUAAUUCAACUCGUGUACAUUACAGCUUGCCAGCAGAAGUUUCAUCCAUCACCAUACAGUUGACUCCUUACCCGUUUUGCUUUCCCGCCCAUCCCUCCUUCCCCGCUGGUAACAACUACUCUGUUCUCUUUAUCUAUGUGUUUGUUUUUGUUUCAUUUAGUUUGUUCUUUUUCUUUUUUUUCCCCCCACAUAAGAGUGAAAUCAUACAGUAUUUGUCUUUCUCUAUCUGACUUAUCUCAUUUAGCAUAAUACCCUCAAGGUCCAUCAGUGGUGUCACAAAUGGCAAGAUUUCCUCUAACUUUAUGGCUGAGUAGUAUUCCAUUUUAUAUAUAUGUGUGUGUGUGUGUGUGUAUGUGUGUGUGUGUGUGUGUAUAUACACACACCACAUCUUUAUCCACUCAUUUCUUGAUGGACAUUUAGGUUUUUUCCAUAUCUUGGCUAUAUAAAUAAUGCUGUAGUGAACAUAGGAGUAUGUAUAUAUUUACGAAUUUGUGCUUUCAUAUUCUUUGGAUAAAUUCCCAGAAGAGGAAUAGCUGGAUCAUAUGGUAGUUCUAUUCUUAAUUUUUUGAAGAAUCUCCAUAGUGUUUUCCUUAGUGACUGGACCAAUUUACAUUCCUACCAAUAGUGUAUGAGGGUUCCCUUUUCUCGACAUUCUCUCUAUAACAUUUCUUAUUUCUUGCCUUUUUGAUAAUAGCCAUUCUAACAGGCUAUCAGGCGUGCCAUAGGUAUUAGCAUUAUCUUUCCGCAUAUAUCUCCUCAGGCAAGGGAAACAAAUGCAAAACUAAACAGCUGCACAGCAAAAAAACUAUCAACAAAACGAAAAGACAACCAACAAGGACCUACUGUAUAACACAGGGAACUAUAAUCAGUAUUCUGUAAUAACCUAUAAAGGAAAAGAAUCUGGAAAUAUA